AGUCUAGAUCUAGUCUAUAAUUUAUAGUAUAAUAGUCUAUAUAGAUCUAGACACUAGGUUUUUGAAAUUAUUUGAAAUGGGGUGGAAACGUGGAACAGUUGUGAUGGAAUCUAAGCCUUUUGCUCACGUAAUAUGUCAAAAAUUUAGCGAAGACCGGUGUAAUUAUUGUCUUAAAAGUAGUGAAGAAAAACUUUUAAAGUGUGGUGCUUGUAACAAAUUAAUGUAUUGUGGAGUCAAUUGUCAGAGAGAGGACUGGAAAAUACACAAGACUGAAUGUAAAAUUAUGAAAAGAGUUCCUAAUGUACCUACAGACAGCAUACGCCUAUUUCUGAGACUGAUCAUACGUUUUUUGAAAGGUGAUGGUAAACAGAAACAUCCUAAUGAUGAAUCUCCAUGCAUACGUACAUUUAAUGAUCUGAUGUCCCAUAGAGAUGAAAUCAAAGCAGAUCAGACAAGGUCUGAGCUAUUUAGAAUAGCAGCUGACUUUGUCAGAGGCUACACUCAUGGCAUUCUGCAGUUACCUAGUGAUGAUGUUUUACUGGAAAUCUUUGGCAAGAUGGUCAUCAAUACAUUUACAAUCGCAGAUGAGCUAUUGCAAGAUGUUGGCGUAGCAGUUUAUACCAGCCCAUCAGUAUUAGAUCACAGGUGUUGGCCAAAUGCUGUAGCUUCCUUUGAUGGAAUUAAAGUGACAGUGAGGGCUGUGGACAACAUAGGCAGCGAUUCUCUGUCUGAUGUCUACCUGAGCUAUGUUGAUCCACUGGCCACAAUAGAAGAGAGACAAGAACAACUUCAGCAACAAUAUUACUUUACCUGUAAUUGUGCCAGGUGUACAAAUUUAGAAAUGAAUGCAAAGAUGUGCUCUAUUGAGGGUAGCAAUGAAGGUGACCUUGCCAGAGUAAAAGAUUGUCUGGAGAAAGUUGAAACUAUGAGGAAAAAUAAAAAUAAUCCCAAAGAAAUUCUAGAACUGUGCAACAAAUGUUUGAAUGAAGUGAAACUUCCAUUUGGCAAUGUCUACUUGGUCAGGCUGGUUGGUAAAGCUUUUGAUGCUGCCAUUGAUGCAGAGCAGUGGGAGGAGGCCCUUCAGUUUGGAAUCAAAAACUAUAAAGCCUACUCAAUCCUCCAUCCUCCAUUCAACCCUUGUGUUGGAUACUUGCUGGCUAAUAUGGGCAAACUUCUCAUGCUGUUUGGACGCUUGUCAGAGGCCAUGCUUCACUUCAGGAAGGCUCUAGAAAACUUUACAGUGUCACUAGGUGACAGCCACUAUCUUUACAGACAAGUCACAGAAAUGAUGGCGCAGUGUGAAGCUGAGUUGGCCCAUUCAGAGGCUCAGGGUGCUAUUUCCUGAAAUAUGCUUGCCUGGGUGUAUUUAUGUUAUUGUGAGUUUGAACUUCUAUCUUACAAGGUGUAUUUCUACUGAGCCUACAUUUACAAUUAUUUACAAGUUUAAUGUAACUGAGCUAUUUUUUAACACAUUGACUGAAACUGUAUGAUUUAUGUAUGAGGAUUUUAAUUUAUAUGUAAGAUUGUUUUAAAUUUGAUGUAAUUAUUUUCAUUGAAUGAGAUUAGUAGUGAGUUUUUCUUGCCACGUUUAUGUUUUUUUUUGUGGUAAUACUUGUAUCUUCUUUAUGGUCAGAAGGCCCUAGCUGAUCCAAUCAGAAUUCAUUUUUAUCCUUUCUUUAAAGGGUCAUGCUCAAGAAGUUUAAUGCUUCUCAGUAGGAUGGUCAGACUAUGUAUGUUAAAUAAAUAGUCACUACUACUGGGCUUUCUUUAGAUAUUACUUCAAGAAGAACAUUAAGACCUAUCUGUUUAAAACGUUUUUUAGAUAAGUUUGUCAUUUCAGCUCUCAUGUUUAUGUUUGUAAUAUAAUCACAGUGCCUUGAGCCUAAAUUUUCGUUGUUAACAGCACUUUGUAAAUUAAAUUAUUAUUACCAGCAUGGGUGAGAGAUUGGUUUUGACAUUUGAGCUCUUGUUUCAAAUAAGAUUGACACUAUUCAUGCAUCUUACAUGAGAAUGUUGAGAAAUGCUGCUGUAAAUGUAGAUUGUAAUUAGAUUUCUAAUCAAGCAUAUUAAUAAUUGAAAGUAGAACAAACACAUUUCAAUUUAGUUGCAGUUUAAACUGUUGAUGACAGAAUUACUAUAUUGUAUUAAGUGUUGAUAUCCAUAACAAAGUAACAUCUUCAAUUUGGAUAUACCAUACAAGAAGCUAACACAGAUGUUCUAGUAAAGUAACAUACUAUUAGUUUUUUCUACUUCCUAUGUAAAUAUUAAGUAUUGAAUGGACAGAAAGUCUUUGAACUCUGACUGUAGUUUUGUAUUUGUAGGUUGGUGUUAAGAAGUAAAAAAAAACUUAACAGAAAAGAUUAAACUUGUAUCCAUUCUUCCAUGUACAAUAAUUGCCUUUUGUUGUUUGAUCAUAAAAAAUGAGAUAUAAUUUAAGGAAUAACUCUUUUUCAGUUCCUUAAGAUUCUUCUUAACUUGAAAAUUAUAUCAUUAAAUCAUAUUUAAUGGUUUUUAUUUUAUCUGCUGAACAUUAAGCAUAUAAACACUAAAUUUAGUAAUGAACUUGGCUUAUGCAUAAAGCUUAGACAUGGAAAAAAUAACAGAAAAUUUACCUAACUUUGAGUUAACCCCAGCAAGCUAAGUUCCCUAAUUAAAUACUACUGGAAUAGGCCUCUAAGUGUCUCAAACCAAAAAGCACGGUCUUGAUCUAAAUUCUUCCUUAUGUUCAUAGUUCUAAAAAUAUCAAAACCUGUCUUUUUAUCUGCAUAGCUUUCUGAAAUCAGAAGAACAUAACUACCUUUGCUAUCUUAUGUCAACAUAAUUUAUACAUAAUGAAGCUUAGACAGGUCAUUUAGGUGAGAUUAAAAAAGAAAUAAUCCUUGAUAAGAUUUGUUUAAAAACAUGUUAAACUUGAUAGCUUGGUGUAUUUAAGUGAGACAAGGAGAUAUGUUGAUUUUUAUGUUUGGUCUGCAGUCAUUAGUUUAGAAAAACAUUUUGAUUCAAUUUUAAUUUGGCUACCCACCUAGACAAAACACUUCAAAAAUAUAUCAAAUUAUUUUGGUUGAAAUUGGAUCAACCGUUAUAAAAUAAAGCAUCUCAGUUGUCAACUAAUUGAGGUUGGAUUCAAUCAUUGAUUCCUCCUCUUUCACCUAUAGUCUGGUAAACAUUUGGUGCUCUAGGAGUGUCCUUUUAACUAUUAGUUUCUAUCAGUGAACUGACAUGUUUUCAACCAGUAAAGACAAAACAGAACUGUUGUAAUAUUUUUUUUUUAUUAGCGGGUAGCUGCUUGCCAUGUUAAAUAAAAAUUUGGUUUCAAAAUGAAACAUACAAAUUUUACAAUUUAAAACAACCUCAAAGUAAUACCCCGUCUAUUUGUGCUACAUAAACAUCACUUAAAUGUAACUUUUACACCAUUUACCUGUCCAGCAUCAUUGAUAGUGUUUAACUUUUGGCUAAUAUAAUUUUUUAGUGUAAAACAUGUCAGAUAUUUUUUAUCUCCUGGAAAGAAGUUAAUGAUAGUGAAUGAGAUUCAAACCCUUUGGACCAUAGCACAUCACAAAGCAGCCUUACACAUAGAAUACUAAAUCAUGUAAUAGAAGACAAAAUUAUUUAUUUUCAGAAGUCAUAAAGAGGUUUUGGUCUACUUCUGAACUUUCCAGAGUUAAAAAUAAUUAAAUUAUUUUUAAAUGUUUGGGCAAUUGGUCUUCAAAGGGGUAACAUAGGAUCUCCCAAGGGGGGUAACAUAGGAUCUCCUUAGGAAAUGAACUUAUCAACACAUGGGCCAAUCUUCUAUUUCUUUUCAAGACACUAAUAGGAUCAAUGCUAAAGGUUUGGGACAAGUCACUGAAACUAAAUUUGAGAGGGAUAUAACAAACAAAUAUCGAAGUGCAAUUUGCAUUGAUAGCCAAUAUUAGGAGAUCCCAUAGGACAUGCUAUAAUAUGUACACCAGAAGUAAACACUGCUAUCAACACAUUUUUACUGUCAUAGUUAUGUCAUGGAAAUGUCUAUGCAUACCAUAAUGUCAACAUUUAUAAUAUCAAUAACUUUAUGCACAGUAUGUUAACAGUAUAAAUAAUGCAACACAAUAAACAGUACAACACCAGAAAACUGCUUGCCUUCCUAGCUCCAGACACAUUGCCCAUUUAUUUAUAACAUAAAUACUUUUCAUUUUCAAACAGUUAGGAAAAACAAAAAGAAUUUGAAUAUUCUUUUGUUAAUAUCAUCCAAAACCAUUGAAAACUAUCUACGUAAACCAAACCCAUUUUCAAAAGUUGAAAAAAAAAAUUGACAAAAAUAUGUAUAAUAUUAUAAAUCUAGAAAUGAUCACAUGAAUUGUUCAGAAGUUUGAAAGUUUUAAAAAAUGAAAGUUAAAGCCAAACAAAACAUCGAAAUUGAGGAGUGGGGAAAUACUGCUCAUGUCAACAAAACAACAAUAUUUCUAUUGCCUGGUGUUGAAACCAUAACAAAUGAAGGAGAACUAUUUGAAGCCUAUUAUCACUCAUAAGAUUCAGUGCCAGAUAUGCUAAGAAUAACAAGGAUAAUAAUAAUUUAAUUUAUAACAA